AUAGUGUGCCGGUCAAAUAAAAGUCCGUGGGUCUGUCUGACGUGCUCAAGUGUCCAUUGUGGAAGAUAUGUGAAUGGCCAUGCAAAAAAGCAUUAUGAAGAUGCACAGAUUCCUAUGACCAAUCAUAAGAAAACAGAAAAACAAGAGAAAGUUCAGCAUACUGUGUGUAUGGAUUGCAGUAGUUACAGUACAUACUGUUAUCGCUGUGAUGAUUUUGUAGUCAAUGAUACCAAGCUGGGCCUGGUACAGAAGGUCAGAGAGCACCUACAGAACUUGGAAAAUUCGGCCUUUACAUCAGACAGACAUAGGAAAAGAAAACUAUUGGAAAACUCAUCUCUGAACAGCAAGUUAUUAAAAGUAAAUGGAAGCACCACUGCCCUUUGUGCCACAGGCCUUCGGAACCUGGGGAAUACGUGUUUCAUGAAUGCAAUCCUUCAGUCGCUCAGUAACAUUCAACAGUUUUGCUGUUACUUCAAAGAGUUGCCUGCUGUGGAGCUGAGGAAUGGGAAGACGGCAGGCAGGCGAACUUACCAUACCAGGAGCCAGGGGGAUAACAAUGUUUCAUUGGUGGAAGAAUUCAGAAAGACACUCUGUGCUUUAUGGCAAGGAAGCCAAACUGCAUUUAGUCCAGAGUCUUUAUUUUACGUUGUUUGGAAAAUCAUGCCAAAUUUUAGGGGAUACCAGCAACAGGAUGCCCACGAGUUCAUGCGUUACCUUUUGGACCAUCUACACCUGGAACUCCAGGGUGGCUUCAAUGGUGUUUCACGUUCAGUAAUUUUGCAAGAAAAUUCUAGUCUGUCUGCAAGCAACAAAUGUUGCAUAAAUGGAGCGUCUACUGUUGUCACAGCGAUUUUUGGAGGCAUUCUUCAAAAUGAAGUCAACUGCCUAAUAUGUGGGACUGAAUCUAGAAAGUUUGACCCAUUCCUAGACCUUUCGCUAGAUAUUCCAAGUCAGUUCAGAAAUAAACGUACUAAAAAUCAAGAAAAUGGACCAAUGUGCACGCUACGAGAUUGCCUUCGCAGUUUUACAGACCUGGAAGAACUUGAUGAGACAGAGCUGUAUAUGUGUCACAAAUGCAAAAAGAAACAGAAGUCCACCAAAAAAUUCUGGAUUCAGAAACUACCAAAGGUGCUAUGCUUACACUUGAAACGAUUUCACUGGACAGCAUAUCUGAGAAACAAGGUUGAUACGUAUGUCGAGUUUCCCUUACGAGGCCUAGACAUGAAAUGCUACUUGUUAGAGCCUGAAAACAGUGGCCCAGAAAGCUGCCUGUAUGACCUUGCGGCUGUUGUCGUGCAUCAUGGUUCAGGCGUUGGCUCUGGACAUUACACCGCAUACGCAGCUCAUGAAGGCCGUUGGUUCCAUUUCAACGACAGUACUGUAACUUUGACCGACGAGGAGACUGUGGUAAAGGCCAAGGCCUACAUCCUCUUCUACGUGGAACGGCAAGCCAAAUCUGGAUCAGAUAAACUUUAAUACCUCCUUUUAAUUCUCACUUAUCAAGUUCACCGGACAAAACAUUUCCAUUUUUCCAUAAAUACUUGAUCCAAGACUAUUAAUUUCAUUGUGCACUUUUCAAUUUCCUCUUGUGGGUUUUAGUUUUGUUGUGUCAAUGGUAGCAUUUGACUUACUGAACUUGGACACAAACUAACUUUUUUUUUUAGUUAUACCAGAAAACCUCAGCAGAUUUUGAUUUGCUGCUUUAGUUGUGAUAACUCAAUUUUUAUAUAUAUAGUUUCAUGAAAUACUUAGUUAUUUGACUUUUUUAUAUUAAUGAUGUUUUCAGUUCUCACUUUCUAAAGGCACAUUUACAUCAGCGAAGCUUUCUGUCCUCCUUACAAGCAAGAUAAAUGUGCUUCUGAUUAUGAAGAGCAAUACAACUUCAUGCUGUUCUCACAGCUAUUACGUAGAUAUGAUUUAAUCUCUUUAAAUCACGGAAUUGUUGGCACGUACUAUUUCCCCUCGUGCAAGAAACUAAACAGCGACCUCUGAACAAUCAUUCUUUGUCUGCAGGAGAGAGGAGAUGUGGCAUCAUUAAAUAGACCAGGUAAUUGCUGCUAUAUCGGUGUGUAUUCAGGCUGCUGACUUUCAGGAAUCAUUGUAAAUAAACAGUUGGUUCAAGUGUAUCUAUACUGCAGUUUAAUUCAAGUAUUCCUCACAUAUGCUCUGCCCUCCCCCCUUAAAAUUUUAAAAAAAUUAUCUUAAAAUAUAUACAUGUCUAAAUUGUGUUUGGGAUUUAUGUUUUUUUAACCGAACCUGAACUGCCUUAGACAUCUCUUGUUUUAGACUGUCAUCCUGAAAUUGGAUCAUGACCGUUACUUGCUUGAAAACUUGGGAGACUUCUGGCAGUGGGAUCCCAACCCUCCUUCCUGGUGGGAACUGGGAGUACAGCCCCAAAGUUUGGGGUUUGUGAGAACAGUCUUAGGUCUAAAUAUAGCUCCUGUCCACUAAAUGCCUGCAGUUCACUUAAAACCGAAAGGAAGGGGAUGGUGUUCCAGAUGCUCUGCAAGACAAUUGUUUUACCAGUUCAAAUGCAAACUAAAGGGAAGAUGCUCAGUUCGCUGCAUAGCCUGCCUGAUGGGAGUUGAUGAGCCAAGACUGCUUGUUGACUGGGGCAGACUCGGGUUGCUGUAGUAGUUACGCAUUGGCCCAGUGUGGAAUCUUUCUUUACGGUCUCGAGACGAAUGCUGGAGGCAUGAUACGGUUUCUAAAACUUGGCUAUGUAAUGGAGAAUGACUUCUGUUUAAAAAAAAAAAAAAAUUUUAGCUGUACUGCUGUUCUGGAGAGUGGAAGUCAGCUAAUAAGAUUUAAAAAAGGUGACAGGAAAACCAGUAUUGCAAAAGCCAGGAGUCCCCAAAAAAUCUGAAAUUUGACAAGUGCUACAUUUCAGUUCUCUUCCCCCAGCCCAUCCUUUCUAGCUAGCCCCCGUGUGCCUAGCAAGGAACUGGACACUCCUAAAAUCCUAAAAGCACGGUAGUAAGAGUAGAAUUUGCUUAAUGUAGAGUCACAUAAUCAAACACUGCCUUUUAGUUGUGAUAACAGUAAAAUAUAGUAGUCUGAAAACACACAAGAGCUCAAGUAAAAUGUGAUUACCCUUUUUAGUUAAUGCUGCUGAAAGACAUCAUAGGAUGCAGUAAAAACGUUCCUACAGAUUGUACCAUAGCUCUACCUGGUGCACAGGGAGUUCACAUCAAUUUCCUUGCCAUGGGUUACCUGCUAGCUGUACACUGACAGGUAUAAAGAGAAAUCACAAUCAGAUUUUUUUAAAAUGUCAUUCUUCAUUGCUUUUUCACAGCAUCUUAAACCAGGAAAGAGAAAAAUUGGCUUACUAGAAAACUGCAGAAAGCAUUCAGCAUUGCUAACGGUGUAUGAAUAUGUAAACUGUACACUAGUUAAAACCUAUUGUGAUUAUUAUUUGAUACAUUAAGUGACAUAUAUAAGGAUGUCUUCUUUUACUUAAGUUGAACAAUAAAUAGAACUAUUCAUUACUUUACUUUAAAUUGUAGAUAGUUUGUCACCUACCAUGUCUCCGUUUCUUGCAGCCAGAGCCUUUCUUCUAAUCAGAAUAGGUAGUUGUUACUGUUUAUACAGGCACAAAAAGGUAUUUGACAGACUUCGUUGAUGUGCGGGGCAAGUGAAGUAUCCCUACCACAUCAUUAUCACACUGAAGGGCAGCCUUACUGCUCACAGUUAGUUGGGGAGUUAAGUAGAUUCCAUCUAUAGCUGCAUUUUCUCUGCAUGCUACUUGGAUUGGAUUGCUUUAGAAUUUUAGUUUUGAGCAUACAAAGCUGAAAAUACACAACUAGCUAUGGGCCAGAAGCAGUUUAACUUACAGUAGUCAGGUGUAUGCAGCGUUCUCGCAAACCAGUGAUGUAAAUGUGCCUUUUUUGUAUUUUUAGAAACUUAAAUUUGUAAUCUUCAGCAACAUUCACUUACUUUUUAAGCAGCUUCUAUUUCUCCAGUUAAUUUUUUGGGUCAGAGUUAUGUUCUCACUUCAGUAUUUCCUUUCAGUAACAUUUGCUCUGUAACAUUAAGGUCUUGGGCAAUAGUAUCCAGCACGGUCCAUUUGAGACACGGCCAUGGGAACACAAUGCAAUCACGUCAGUCUUGUUCUUGCAGCAGGUGGUGAGAAGGACUCAGCCAUAUGCUUUGCUGGAACAAGUACAUUGUAAAUCUUUUCCUAAUUUAACUUUCUCCCGCUGCAAACCCAGAUGGACAGUAUGAACAGUUUGUUGUGGCAACACAAGUAUUUCUCUUCCUGGUGGAGAACUUCACUUAUCCACUGUAUUCUAUUCAGUGUGGCGUCAAAAAAAAACAAAAAAAACCCUGAGCACUGAACCAGUAACAUAUACUGCACCUGGCCUAGUAUUACAUUUUUAACCUUACUUGUAUAUCCUAUAUUUAUCUACUAGCUUGGGGGGCGGGGGGGGAUAUCUCAUUUCAUUUAAGCCAAAUGUUUCUUUUCUACUUACUGCUAAUCACAGUACACACUAACUGGCAAGAAUUUUUUUCUUGCUUGUGACUGCUCUGCAAGCAACAACUGCUCUCUACAGUUCAAAGACUUGCAUAUUUUUCACCAAAAUUUGUCUGAUCGAAGGUUGUCCUUUUGUUAGUAAUUGUUUAGCCACGUAUAUAACUGGAGACGAGAUUUAUGUAAAACAAAACUCCAAAAUGUCCAGCUCUCAGAGUACUUCUGCUUUAGUGUGUUGUAUAGCGAGCUGUUACGUGCAGCAUUAUGCGAAACUCUAAAGCACUUCUUACAAAGAGAGCUCCUUCUCAGCAGGUGCUUGCCAGGUGGUAACAGAUGUCACCCUGAGAGGAGAGUUUUAAAAAAAACCAAAACUUUCGGACAGGCACGGAAAGUGGACGUGUAUCAAAAGCAGGAGGCCAUUUAUAAGGAUUUUGCUAAAUCAGUGAAAAGCGUUAACACGUGGUGUUCAAAAGUUUCCACAACGUUUCAUUACUGAUGUGUCUGUGUCUUACUGAUGAGGUAAUCAGCACCUUGAAAACUGAUUCCAAUGUGCUCUAGGAUAUCCUCAAGUACUGUAGUGCCAUAGUUGUAAUUGUUUACCAUUAAAAUCUAGUGUGUAAUUUUCAGUGAGGAUUACUGACUGUGCUCAUCUUGUGUGUUUCUAGAGCAUUUCCAGGUUGAAUGUGAAUUAUAUCUCAUUCACACAGUGUGUUUAUGGAAAAUGUGCCAUUAAAGUGUCUCCUUUCC